AAUGAAAGCGGGAACAAAGUGGCCCAAGAAGAAGAGAAGAGAAAGGUCCAUUGCGUCCCUGCAGCUCAUUUUCCCACUUUUGCAACACUAGUUCACAGUGCACAGUGGCAGAAAAAGGGUAGUCAGCAGUAAUGAUCAAUUAAGGAGGGCCAUCUUUGCGCCGAGAGGAUGUCUCACUUCUGGACGCUGUUUUUCCUCCAUUCGCUUUGCAGCCUCGCCUCGAGUCAAGGCGUUCCUUGCAAUAACGCUGCAGCAAGUGUCGAAUCCGGCGGCUCGUCGGCGCUACUUCGUUCUCUUGGUUUACCUCAGCACACAGAAUACGAGAUGGUCUCCCCGUAUGAGGUCAGCCAGCAAGGUGCGUACAUCUCCCACGAGAUCGCCCACCAUCAGCGGAGACGACGGCGAAGAUCGCUGCCUCCGCACGCCGACGGCGGCGGCGGCGACACGACUCACUUCCGGGUGAGCGGCUUGGGGCAGGACUUCCACAUGGAGCUGCGGGACGCCUCGCGGAGCCUGAUCGCACCUGGCUUCACCGUCCAGGUCCUGGGAAACAACGGCACCAAGAGCCUGAGGGCUUACCGGCGGGACCACCUCUGCUUUUACCAAGGGUCACUGAGGCUAAAGGUCAACUCGUCAGUGGCGCUGUCCACAUGCAUGGGGAUGUCAGGUUUGAUCCGGACUCCCGACGCAGACUACUUCUUGAGGCCAGUGCCCCGCCACUUUGCGCAGAGCGAGAACUUCACAGCACCUUCCCAUCACCAGCCCCACAUCCUCUACAAGAGCGACAGGGAGGGAGGUCAAGAUCGCCGGGUGCUUCGCGAGAGGUCGCCCGAUUCAGCUCCUCACAAAUCGGACUGGAGCUCCGCCGCGAAAAGGCAGACUGAUGAAGAGGAGCAGGGAGGGCGGCAAAGCGGCCGUCCUCGCCACACGCGCGACGGGCGGCGGCGGCGGCGGCAUCGCAGAACAGGAAAUGACCGCAACGGCGACGACUACGCACACGAUGACAAGCGGAGGCAGCACUUCUGCGGAAGAUGGAAGAAAUACAUGCCGAAACCUCCGGCGGAGCAUCUCUCCCUGCUUCCAGAUGAGUACGCGUUCGUUCCCAGGAAGAGGAGAGCAGCCGUGGUCAGGAAGCAAAAUAAUCAGAAGCUGAACGUUGAGACGCUGGUGGUGGUGGACGGGAAGAUGAUGGACAACCACGGCCGCGACAACAUCACCACUUAUGUUCUGACUGUGCUCAAUAUGGUGUCGAGUCUCUUCAAAGACGGCACCAUAGGAGGCAGCAUCAAUAUCGUCAUAGUGGGACUUGUGCUUCUUGACGAAGAGCAGGAUGGUUUGGUGAUCAGUCACCACGCAGACCACACACUGAACAGUUUCUGCCAGUGGCAGUCCACUCUCGGGGGUCGAGAGGGUCAGCGCCACGAUCACGCCAUCCUACUCACGGGACUUGACAUCUGCUCAUGGAAGAAUGAGCCAUGUGACACUCUGGGUUUUGCCCCCAUAAGUGGGAUGUGCAGCAAGUACCGGAGCUGCACCAUCAAUGAGGACACGGGUCUCGGCUUGGCCUUCACCAUUGCCCAUGAAUCGGGACACAAUUUUGGGAUGGUCCAUGACGGCGAAGGAAACAUUUGCAAGAAGUCGGAGGGCAACAUCAUGUCGCCCACAUUAGCGGGUCACAACGGUGUCUUCUCGUGGUCCGCGUGCAGCCGGCAGUACCUCAGCCGCUUUCUCAGCUCGUCCCAGGCGCUGUGCCUCUCGGAUGAACCCAGCGGAGUGAAGGAGUAUCGCUAUCCCGAGAAGCUGCCGGGCGAGCUGUAUGACGCCGACACGCAGUGCAAAUGGCAGUUUGGUGAGAAGGCCAAGCUCUGCACUCUUGAUUUGAAGAAGGAUAUCUGCAAGGCUCUCUGGUGCCACCGCAUUGGGAGGAAGUGUGAGACCAAGUUCAUGCCGGCAGCAGAAGGCUCUGCCUGUGGGCCUGAAAUGUGGUGUCGAAGGGGUCACUGCGUGAAACACGGCGACGAGGGACCCGGGCCGCUGCACGGCCAGUGGUCGGAGUGGUCGGCUUGGUCUGCCUGUUCGCGAACCUGCCAGAGUGGAGUCGCCCAUCGGGACAGGCAGUGCGAUAACCCCAGGCCGUCUCACGGGGGAAAGUUCUGCGAAGGCUCGCCUCGGUCGUACGAGCUGUGCAACACGCAGGAUUGCCCCCAAAACGCCGUCGAUUACCGAGCGCAGCAAUGCGCCCACUUCAACAGCAAGCAGUUCCGAGGGUGGCGCUACACCUGGAGGCCGUACACCAAAGUGGACGAUCAGGACGCAUGCAAGCUUUACUGCUUCGCUGAAGGUUAUGACUUCUUCUUUGCCCUGGCCAGCAAAGUCAAGGAUGGAACCCGUUGCUCACAGGACGGUCCUAAUGUCUGCAUUGAUGGCCUGUGCGAGAGAGUGGGCUGCGACCGUGUGUUGGGGUCUUCAGCUGGGCUUGACGCUUGCGGAGUGUGUCAAGGCGACAACUCCACCUGUAAGACCUUCAAAGGACAGUACACACAGCAGCAUCCCACUAACCAGUACUACAGCGUGGCCACCAUUCCAGCCGGCGCUCGGAGCAUUCGCGUCGUCGAACUGAAUACGUCGAGCUCCUACUUGGCCAUCAGGGACGCCCGGCGGCGCUAUCACCUGAACGGGCGUUGGUCGGUGGACCGGCCGGGCAGACGUCACAUCGCGGGAGCCAUUUUUGAAUAUAAAAGACCUUACAACAGAGCCGAGAGCCUCGUGUCGGCCGGACCCACUAAUGAGACGCUGGUUAUCGAGAUUCUGUUGCAAGGUUCGAACCCAGGCGUACACUGGGAAUACACUCUGGAGGACACUGGUGGAGCAAGGACUCAGAUCGAACACAACUACGCGUGGGCCAUCAUACGCUCCAAGUGCUCGGCAUCAUGUGCCGGAGGGCAAAUGAACACCAAGCCAGCAUGUUACAAAGACAUGCGAGUGCAAGUGAAUGCAUCGCACUGUAAUCCCAGAUCGAGGCCAGCUAGUGGAACCAUGCCGUGUAACACCCAGCCGUGCCCUGCCAGCUGGUCUGCGGGGGACUGGGGGGCGUGCAGUCAGAGCUGCGGAGGAGGGGAGCAGACCCGGCAGGUCCGGUGCGUCCGGAGAAGUCACGGCAGAGACGACACCCUCGCCGAUUCUCACUGUCCCCAGCCGGGCCCGGCCGGGAGGCGGGCCUGCGGCGCCCGCGCUUGUCCGCCGGUUUGGACCACCGGCCCGUGGUCGCAGUGCUCUCGUAAGUGCGGCAACGGCUCGAGGAAGAGGACAGUUUUGUGUGCAAGGCCUGAGGCAGGCAGUCAGUCGCAGACUGUGCAAGACAGUUUGUGCGCAGGCUUGCUGAAACCUGUCAGUCAAGAAUCCUGCUUCAUCAAACGCUGUCAGAAGCAACGCAAAGUCCAAUGGUUUGUCUCAACGUGGCAACAGUGCUCAGUAACCUGUGGCCGCGGGUAUCAAGCGCGAUUCAUCAAGUGCGCUGAAAAGAACGCGGCCGGAAAGUACCGAGAGCUUGCUGGCAAAAAGUGCCACCACCUCCCCAGGCCCAAAGUGGAUCUCCAGCAGCCGUGCAUCUUAGCCGAGUGUCUCGUCCGUCCAACCCCGCCGGUGCAGCGGUGGAACCCGCGUCAUCAUCAUCAUCACCAUCCACCGGUACCGCUCCCGAGACCUGAAUGGCACGCAUCUCCGUGGUCCCAGUGUACAGUGACCUGCGGCGGUGGGGUGCAGGCGAGGACGGUCCAAUGCCUGGCACAGAGGAAACCGCAUUCUGGCUGCGCCCUCCAUCUAAAACCAUCCAUGUCCCAGGCUUGCAAUACCAACUACUGCCCUCAACCUGACAAAAAGGAUCUGGCAUGUCGGGAUUACUUCAACUGGUGUUAUCUGGUGCCGCAGCACGGCGUGUGCAACCACAAGUUUUACGGCAAGCAGUGCUGUCGGUCCUGUUCAAAUUCAAACCUAUAAUCACGCCAGAGUGGGUUUGUCUGCGACGCAGACGGGAAGGUCCUGCAGUUGGAAGUUAUAAAGACUCAACUCGAUGCCCAUGCUUGAAAAGUUGCGUUGUCGCGUGCUCGCUCGAAGCACUGAAACGCUCAAGACAUUUCGAUGGAAGCUCCGGCGAGCCGUGAUGACUUGAGUCACUCCUAGCGAUGCCGGACAUCAGAAAACGAGAAAUUCUCGCCGAUAGUGCCGCACAGGAAUGUGAUCAGGACAGUACAAAAACAAAAACAAAAACAAAAAAAGAAAAGGAAAGGAGAAAGAACUGAGCGCUUUGGUCAACUCCCCGCUAAUAGAAAAGGAAUCCCAGCAAACAUCCUCGUCACGACUCACAUCAGAAGGAGAAUACUGCAAUUCUUGAGGAAUCAAAGUUUGCGAAAAGGGACAUACCGGAAUCCUUUUACUGUAAAACUUGAAGAAAAAGUACAAUGUGGAUUUUGUAUUAGCUGGUUAUAUACAAUUAUGAUCCUCCGUAUUGAAAAGGUUAAUAAAAAUAAACAAAAAACUUGAAUCUCUGAGGUUACUCGUUAUACUAGUUGUAUAGUAUAGUCAGCGGUGCUACGGUGGUGUUGUCGUUUGUCACCACUGCAAUGUGACAUUGUCAAGUUUCAUGAAUGAACAAAAUAAUUGCCGACACAGGUACGAUAUGUUUAUUAUUUAUUGGUUUUACGAUACAGCUUUGCCGGAAGACUGUACUCAGAAGCGGUAUAACUGUGACCUUUGAUUACUCUACUCGUAGUCCAUUUAUAGUGUCUGUUCUAUUUCAUAAGAAGCUUACACACGGUGCCAUUUACAUGAAAAUAAGUUACAUUUCAAUUUAGAAAGAGGAUUGUUAACCAACACUUCACGGAAUGGCAACUGCUCAAAAAAAGAUGGCAUAUGUGGAAGUUUUGAGAUGGAUGGUCAUCUUUUUAAAUUCUUCCAAUUUUUACUUCCAAUCUCUCAAUGAUUGAGAAAGUGUGAGGAGAACGUGAACGUUCAAUACGAUAUUCAACGUUCGAUACUCUCCUAUAUUUUGGCUGUGGAAAAACUGACUUGUGCAAUGUUACAGUAAUGUUUACAAUGUCAAUGUAAAAAUAAAAAUGAAA